AAAAUUUUCUUUUUCCACAUCGUUUAUACGAAGAAGCGAUCAACCGGUCGAAUUUUUGAACGCGUCGCGUGAUUAUGGUAAAGUUCAAAAUGAAGUUAGAGCAAUUGAUUUUAUUCGGCGAGAAAUCAUUUGGAUUAAUUAUUUAUUUUCCAUUGGGAUGUUGAUGAAAUUUUUUCCUUUGCGCAACAACUACUGAGAAGAAAUAAUUUUUACAGCGAAUAUUUUUAAGCCAAUAUGUCGGGAAUGGAAACACGUGGCGCUGACACAAGCCCCACUCGUGAGCCUAGGAAGAUCAGAAUGCACAGCGUCGCAUUACCAAUAGGAAAAUCACUACUUCUAGAAUCACCAUCUAAAGGAAAUAAUGGAGCACCACCAAUUCCACGACGUCAUUCUGCAACCCCAACGGUAGCACCACCACCAAUACCACUGAGGCCGCCGGCAAUUCCAAAAAGAAGUAAAAAUGAACGUCCUUUUCUUCCAACGAAGGGAAUAAUUAAUCGUUUGGAAGUGAAGAAAAAACAAACAAAUGACGACGAGUCAGCAGCUGCAUAUUUGGGUCCAAUGAUGAUGAUAAUGGAUAAUAAUAAAUCGUGGCACAAUUCCGAUGUACAAUGUGAAAAAUUAAUAAACAUCGAGCCAACAGUUAAUUUUAAAGAGGCAACAAGAAGAUUAGAGUCGAAGGAUAAUUUUGCCGACAAUUCCGAUGAGCUCGAUUUCAACAAGACACUACAAAAUGCAUCAUCGAGCUUUGAGGAACUUCAAAAGUCUUCCAGGGACCUUGGAAAUCGUCUUCAUCAUGAGAAGAUAAUCAAGGGUACAAAUUUCAAUACCGAUAAACUUAAAAGAGUCGAAAAUUGUUCACAACAAUGUCCAACGAUUCAAAAGAACAGAGGCCAGAACGAGAGGUCAAACCUUCUCGACGACGAUGGGUUUCAAAGAAAAAAAAUCAUUCCCAGAGAUAAGACAUUUUUAAAUAGAGAGAUAAAUUUUGAGAAUAUUUCUUGUAUUGCACGUAAUCGUCAGGAGAUGGAGAAAAAUUCAAAAUUCGAACAAUUAAAAGUGGCGUCACAAAAUUUGGAACGACAUCUAAACGACGAUAUUGCGACUCAUUAUAAUCAAAUGUCAACAGAAAUGAAAAUUGAUGAUACGCAAAGAAUGCCUGAUGAUAUUAAGAGACAUUAUCAGGAGCUAACACCGAAAUUUGAUGAAUUACAAAAGGCAACGAACGAGUUCGAGAGAAAAUUACAGGAGAAAACAUUGAGUGCAAUUGAAAAGACAUUUCGUCUUAAGUACGAGGCUGAAUUGGAGAAGGCACGUGUUAUGCAAAAUAAUUUACGAAAGGAGAAAAAUUAUGGUGAAAAAUUGGAAAAAUUACCAAAAGCAACGCAAACUAAUUUACCGCCACCAUUGAGUUCGAUAUGUUCGCAAAAUUCAGUUUCAAAGCCCAUUAGUGUUCGACAAGAUAGCAAUGUUUCUUCGGAUAGUUUCAGUCAAACGAGUUCGCCGAGUUAUACGAGUAAAACUAUGGAGGCACCAUUGAUACCACUCAAGCAAUCAAAUGGCAAAAUUCCAGACAGAGCAUUGACUGAAAACCCACCAGGAAGUCCAAUCACAAAAUCUAUGAGCACUCCGGCUAGUUUACAAACGAUCGUGAGAUUUCACAGUGGCAGCAACAUGUCCUUUAACCAUAAAAUAAUUAGAGAUAUGAGAAGACCCAGUAGUCAUUUUGUAACGAGAGGAAGAUUUCGAUUCAGGUUCGCUCAGAUUCUUGCGAAUGUGAUAGCCCUCAUGGUCAUUGCUGGUGGAUUAGCAGCAUAUUUCAAAAGCUAUUCCGCAAAUACACUGAGAACGGAAAAUUUAUACGCGACAAGUACACUUAUGGUGCCAAAGCCAAUUAAAUCUGCAAUGGAGGAAAAAAAUCCAUCGCCCGGUGUAUGCCUGCCAGUUAUCGUUAACUUCUGCCAAUAUCACAAGAUUCCGUACAAUUUCACCAUGUACCCGAAUUUCAUGGGUAAUUUUGGUCAACGCGAGGCUCAACAUGAAUUAGAACAUUACGAUGCGGUUGUCGACGUAAGAUGUUACGAAUUAGCAGCCCUGUUUCUCUGCACUGUUUUUGUACCAAAAUGCGGUCCUGGUGGUAAUUUAAUACGACCCUGUCGAAGUCUUUGCUAUCAGACAAAAAGACGCUGUGGCUUUUUUUUGAAAGUUUUCGGACUCACCCUACCGGAUUACAUGGAAUGCGAUUUGUUUCCGGAUUCGAAUGUGUGCGUGGGAUAUAACGAGGUUCUGGAAGCGGAGAAAAGAGCAGAGAGACCUGUUUGCACCGAUGGCUUCCAAUGCGACUCAACUAGAUGCAUUCCCGUUGAUUGGAGAUGCGAUGGACACGUGGAUUGUGCUGAUCAGUCGGACGAAAUUAAUUGCGGUGAAUGUGGACAAAAUUCAAUGGUCACGACAAAAUUCACUAAUAAAAAGGGGAAAAAGAAUAGUUCAAAAAACUCUUUUCCCGAAUUGCCAACACUUCAUUGCGGUCAAAGGCGAUGCAUGUCAUCUGGACAUGUUUGCAAUGGAAUCAUGGAUUGUCCCUGGGGACAGGACGAACGAAAUUGCUUGAGAUUAAGCGAGGAGAAUGGAGAUAUUGGAAGAGGAAGACUGGAAGUAUAUCAUGCAGCUGAAGGAACAUUUCUUCCUGCCUGCAUUAAGUAUUGGGAACACAAUUCAGCGCAGAUUAUUUGCUCUAUGCUGGGAUAUACAAUUGCAAAUUCAUCGAUCCUGCUGGGGAAAUCAAGUGACAAUGACUCGUUUAUUGAACCUAAACUACAAACAUCCGGACAAUGGAGGGGAAUUCUCAACACCAAAGUAAAUCUGUUGAGAGAAUUUCAAGAAUGCGAAAAUCCAUGGGAUCAUUCGACUGUCGAGCUGUCCUGUUCUCAAUACGCGUGCGGUCGAAGGAAUAUAGUUUAUGGCCAUUCAAAUAUUAAAACGAGAAUUGUGGGAGGCGUUGAAUCAUCUCCUGGGGAUUGGCCUUUUCUUGCUGCACUUCUGGGAGGUCCGGAAGAAGUUUUUUACUGUGCAGGAGUCCUUAUAUCAGAUCAAUGGAUACUCACUGCUUCUCAUUGCGUUGGAAAUUUUAGUCAAUCUGAAGUCUCUGAAUGGACAAUUCAGUUGGGAAUUACCAGGAGAUUCGCUCACACCUACUUGGGACAAAAGCUCAAAUUAAAACGCGUUGUUCCGCAUCCGAGUUACAACUUGGGAGUCGCACACGACAACGAUGUUGCUCUCUUCCAGUUGGAAAAGCGGGUGACAUUUCACGAGCAUCUGCGACCAAUUUGUUUGCCUCCACCGAAUUUUGAUCUAAAGCCAGGAACAAUUUGCACCGUUAUUGGCUGGGGUAAAAAGGAAGAUGCGGAAACUUCUGAAUAUGAACCUGCCGUCAACGAAGUUAAUGUCCCAAUUUUGAAGCGAGAAGACUGUAAUUCAUGGUUGGGACACAAAGAUCUUAACAUAACUGAUGGAAUGAUUUGUGCCGGAUAUCCGGACGGAGGAAAAGACGCGUGUCAGGGUGAUUCGGGCGGUCCAUUACUUUGUCAAGAUGAAGAGGACAAGGAGAAAUGGUUUGUCGGUGGAAUUGUCAGUUGGGGAAUAAAAUGUGCUCAUCCAAAAUUACCCGGAGUUUAUGCUUACGUACCAAAAUAUGUGUCUUGGAUUCAUAGUGAAAUUGAAAAAUACUCGGAUGACGAUGCAGGGUAAGAAGAAAAAUUCACGCGUAAAAAAACAAAAAUAAAUAACGUGUGACGGUAAGGAAAUUGAAAAUAUAGUCAAAAAAAAAAAAUAUCUAUUCUAUACUUAUAAUAGAAAACGUGUCAAAAAUCAAAUGAGGAGAUAAUAAAAAUACAAGAAAUAGCGACGAAAUAACUUUUAGAAGAAAUCUCUCUUUUUUCUCAAAAAAAAGAAGAGAAGAGAAGAGAAGAGAAAGAGGAAAAAGAAGAAAAAGAAGAAGGAAAAGAAGAUAGUCAAUAGAAUAAAAAAGAGUCAAUAAGAAAAAAAAAUCGA